GCAGUGAGAGUGCGCAGGCCGGAAAGCUUGCAGGUGGGGAAGAUGGCGGACAGCAGCGGUCGUGUGGGCAAGAGCGGCGGGAGCGGCGCGGGGAAGGGGGCGGUGUCGGCGGAACAGGUAAUUGCUGGCUUUAAUCGCCUUCGGCAGGAACAGAGGGGCUUGGCGUCCAAAGCAGCUGAGCUGGAGAUGGAAUUGAAUGAGCACAGCCUGGUGAUCGAUACACUGAAGGAAGUGGAUGAGACCCGCAAGUGCUACCGCAUGGUUGGAGGUGUGCUGGUGGAGCGGACUGUCAAAGAAGUGCUUCCUGCCUUGGAGGGCAACAAGGAGCAGAUACAGAAGAUCAUUGAGACACUGUCACAGCAGCUUCAGGCAAAGGGCAAAGAACUGAACGAAUUCCGGGAAAAGCACAACAUUCGUCUCAUGGGGGAAGAUGAGAAGCCAGCGGCCAAGGAAAAUUCAGAAGGGGCUGGGGCCAAGGCCAGCUCAGCAGGGGUGUUGGUCUCUUAGGAGCUAAGGCCUCUGCGGGGUUGUUUUUUUUUUUUUAACCCUGAUUCCCAUUUGUAAUUUCUUUUUAUUGUUGUUAUUAUUAUUUCUCUGCUAUUGUAAAUUUUGUUUUUGUUGUUGUUGAUUAAAUGUUUUGGUCAAAUACUUA